AUGAAAAAGAGAUUCACACACCUUAUUAAUAGAUUGAAUGCUCUAGGUAAUCUUAUCUCUAAUGUUAUUGCUACUAACAAGGUUUUAAGAUGUCUUAAUAGGGAAUGGGAACCCAAGGUCAUCGCUAUUAAAGAGGCAAAUGAUCUUAAAGCACUUGAUAUCACUACCUUGUUCGGAAAAUUGGAAGAGCAUGAGCAAGAACUCACUUUCUUGGAGAAACAUGAAAAAGAGUAUGAAAAGAAUAUGGAGAAAGAGAAAGGUAAAGACAAGGAAGAGGUGAAAAACUCCAUUGCUCUAAAGACUUAUAGUUUCAAGUCCUCAGAGAAUGAACCUAGUGAGUGUGAAGAAAAGGAUGACAAGAACUCCGAUGAUGAUGAUGAUGAUGAUGAUGAUGUUGGGCUAUUUGUCAAGAGAUGCCAAAGGUAUAUUCAGAAAAAUAUGUAA